UCAGUCUCUUCACACGGAAGAAGAAAUAAGCAGCCUGAAACUGGGUCUAAGCAUGUGAAGCUACAUCGGAAAAAUGAAGCCCUUGUUUAUCGUUCUGAUUCUAGUGGGAAUCCAAGGGUCUUCCGCAGUGAAGCACUCUCUGAAGUAUUUCUACACGGCAUCUUCUGGAAUAAAAAACUUCCCAUCUUACGUCUCUGCUGGUUUGGUGGAUGAUGUUCAGAUAAGUUACUGUGACAGCAACAUCAACAAAAACAUCCCUAAACAGGACUGGAUUAAGAAAGUGAGCUCAGAAUAUCCAAACUACUGGAAGGAGGAAACACAGACAUGUCAGGUUAAGCAGCGGAUCUUCAAAGCCAAUCUAGAAAUUGCCAAACAACGCUUCAACCAGACUGAAGGAGUUCACUUCUAUCAGCAGAUGUAUGGCUGUGAGUGGGAUGAUGAGACUGGAGAGGCCAGAGGUUAUGAUGAGUUUGGUUAUGAUGGAGAAGAUUUAAUCACACUGAACCCAAAGACACAAGAAUGGAUCGCACCAAAACCACAAGCUGUCAUCACCAAACACAAGUGGGAUCAUGAUAAAGAUGCUGCAGAACAUGAGAAGUACUACUUAACUCAGAUAUGUGCUGAGUGGCUGCAGAAGUAUGUGAACUAUGGGAGAAGCUCACUGAUGAGAACAGAUCUUCCUUCGGUGUCUCUCCUUCAGAGGACUCCAUCCUCUCCAGUCAGCUGCAUCGCUACAGGUUUCUACCCCAAAAGAGCUGAAAUGUUCUGGAGGAAAAAUGGAGAGGAGAUUCAUGAUGGUGUGGAUAAAGGAGAAAUCCUCCCCAACAAUGAUGGGACCUUCCAGAUGAGCGCUCACAUCGAUCUGCGAUCUGUUCCAACUGAAGAUUGGCCCAAGUAUGAAUGUGUGUUUCAACUCUAUGGAGUGAAUGACAUCACCAAUAGACUGGAGAAAACAAGAAUCUUGACCAAUGGACGUACGUAUUUAUAUAAAUGUAUUUACUUCUAGAUAAAUACCUGCUAA